AAAUCUGAGACUUCAGAGUGUGGCAGCUGGUAGCAGGAGUUGAGGAACGACCCCCACGAGAGACACCAAAGUCCAGCUCAGCUAUAAGCAAAGCAGUGGAGAUGUCCUCGUUCCAUGGAGUGCCCUAGAUCUGAUUCUGACGGACUGUGAUUGGUCUUUCCACUGCCCUUGAGUGACACCCCAGUCUCCGGGUGGUCAAGGGAACUCAUCCGGGGAAGACACAAUGUCCUGCUUCCCACUCUGUGUCCUGUUAGCACUGCUCCUACAAGAGUCACUGUCCGGCUCUCACACCUGCCCCCCGCAAUGUGUCUGUGAGACUCGUCCAUGGUUUACCCCCCAGUCUGUGUACCACGAGGCCCGCACGGUGGAUUGCAACGACCUGCUGCUGACUCACGUCCCCAGCAAUCUCUCCUUGGACACGCAAGUCCUCCUGCUGCAGAGCAACAAGAUAUCCAAAGUCAACGGGGAGCUUCAGCACCUGUCCAACUUGACGGAGCUCGACCUCUCGCAGAACCACUUCUCCAGAAUUAGCGAUGCCGGGUUGGCCAACCUCUCCCGCCUCAUCACUCUUUACUUGGAGGAAAACCAGGUGGAAGAGCUGCUAGACCAUUGCUGGAGUGACCUGGACUCCCUCGAGGAACUUUAUAUAAAUCACAACCGCAUCUCCUCCAUUGAGCCCCUGGCAUUUGCUGGCUUGACCAGUCUGCUCCGGUUACACCUCAAUGCCAACCGCCUCCGGGCCAUCAACCACCGCUGGUUCCUCUCUCUCCCCAACUUGGAGAUCCUUAUGAUUGGAGAGAACCCCAUCGCCCAGCUACAAGCUGGUAGCUUCCAGCCACUGGGACGGCUCCACAGCCUCGUCUUGGCUGGAAUGGAACUAAGGGAGGUGCCCUCUGAUGCUUUCCAAGGGCUGGACUACCUGGAGAGCUUGUCUUUCUUUGACAAUCACCUGACACAUGUCCCCACCGGGGCCCUGAAAGGUCUGCCUCUCUUGAAGUUCCUGGAUCUCAACAAGAACCCUAUUGCAGAGGUAGAAGCAGGGGACUUCCGGGACAUGCUGCACUUGGAAGAAUUGAGCCUCAACGGCAUGGAGGAACUGACGGGCAUUCACAAAGGCGCUUUUGAGAACCUUCCCGAGCUGGCCAAGCUCGAACUGUGCAACAACCCACGACUCUCCUAUUUGCAUCCCGGGGCAUUCGAGGAAGUGCCUGCUCUUCGCACUCUGCUUGCCAGCAAUACAGCCCUCGGCCUGCUCCCUCUAGGAGUGACAGAUGCCUUGCCUGCCUUGGCCGAGCUCAGUCUUUAUGGAAACCCACUGCGCUGCGACUGCCCAGAGGCUUGGCAACCAUUAGCCACAGGGGCCACGCGGCUGAUUGAGUCCCAAAGUGCUCUCUGCACCUCCCCUCCAAUGGCUGCUGGGCAGCAACUCCAAGAAGUGCUGAAGAAUGGCAUGGCUGGUGCUUGCUUGCCAGAGAUCUCUUCCAAGGGUCUUCCAGAGCAGCUGGAGGUACCCUCGGGCUCGACAGUAGCUUUGGAUUGCCAGGUCAGCUCAGAACCACCAGCUCAACUCCAUUGGAUCGCACCAUCUGGGGAAAAAGUAACCACGGGGACAGGAAAGCUGCACCUGAGGGUAGGGGGAACUCUAGAGAUCAGCCCAAUCAGCCCAGGAGAUUCUGGAAUCUACACUUGCGUGGCAUGGAAUAGACUGGGCUCGACCAGCCGGAGCGUGGCCGUGGCCGUGAUCAGCGAAAGGCCCAUCACCCCUGCCAGACUGCUGGUCCUCGCUAAGAAGGUACAGUCACAUUUUGUGGUGGUGGAGUGGACAAUGUCCUUCUCGGAUGGGCAGGGAAAAGAGAGGAGUGGCGCGCCGGCAACUCCCCAACCGCCUCCUUCAUCGCUGUGGUCUUCGGCCACCAUGCGCAUCCAUAACCCCCACCUGAGCUACACAGCACGGGUUCCAGUGGGUAUCCGCGAAUUCAACCUCACACACUUGCAGCCUGCCACCCAUUAUGAGAUUUGCCUCACCGUGAUGUCCUCCGUCCCGAAAUAUUCAGGGGCUGCCAGUUACACCACUGCUCCCCAGUCCUCAGCCGAUGCCACAGGCCCUUCAACAUCUUCCACGAGUUCUUUCGAAACGGUCUUGGCAACCACAGGCGCCUCUCUGGACUCUCCGGCAACCUCCAAAGGCUCUUCAACGUUCCCCAGGAGUCACUUGGCAGCGAUGCUUUCCUUAGUACCCGCCAAAAACUCCUCAGCUCCUCCAACGUACCCGUCAACCCUCCCCAGCUUUCCUCCGCUCCUUCCGCACCUGCCUCGCGUGCAGCGCUCUUGCCUCAACGUCACCACCAAGGAAGCGCCGCUUUCCGUGGAACGAAUGAGUGGGUGGGCUGGGGGCACGGCCCUGGCAGCGGUGACCGGCUCCUUGCUAGCGGCCCUGAGCGCGGUGCUUCUGCUCCUCUACGCCUCCCGAUGGCUCAAGGAGAAAGGCUGCCGCCAUUCGCUAAAGAAAUACAUGCAGCACGCCGCGGCCAUUCCGCUCAACGAGGUGUAUCCACCCCUGAUCAGCCUGUGGGACACCGAGGGAGACCCUCCUAUGCCAAUGGCCCCGCUUUCACAACUAGCUCCGCCCAUGCCUACGCCCCCUGCCACAGUAGGACACUCUCUUCUGCUGUCGCCCCCUUCUGGUCCGAUUGAUACUUCCAAGACCUAUCUAUGGCAACAGCCAUGAACGAGGAACAAGAUGGGUAGGCCCACACACCUCUGACUCCGGCCAUUGGCGGGAAACUUCCCUUCCCCACAGAUGUUAGGGUAUAGGAGUGGGACUUUCAGGCCUUCCCAAUCCAUGUCCUUGCCUUCCACCUUAGCCCUUUGCACACCCAAACGCACGACCACAUAGACAGCACCAGUAUCGGGGGAUGUUUUUAGCGAAGGCCUCACUGUGUAGUUGUAGCCGAAUCAGGAGGGGAAUGUCAGGUGGAUGACAGGACCCCUGGGACAGAGUAGCCCCUGGAGGGCAGGAAAACAGUUUUGAAUAAAGUGUUGAGUUGGAGAACA